AUGGCGCUCUUCCGCAGGUACGGUGUGGCCUUCUUGGCCUCUCUAGUUGAGGCCCUAUUACAAAGCGACUCGUCCUCGGACAUCACGGUACUAGCAUCGUCUCGUGCUGUGGUGGGUGGAGUCCUUUCCCAGGCCACAGUUGUAGUCAAUACAACCACGGGCAAAGUUGCGUCUGUGUAUGACUCCGUACGGCCAUCCUCUGAGUUCCCACCCAACACAGUCUAUACCGACUACUCGCCUAAGCUUCUGUUGCCCGGUCUCUUGGACGCCCACGUGCAUCUGAACGAGCCAGGGCGUACUGAGUGGGAAGGAUUCUGGACUGGCUCGAGGGCAGCUGCGUCUGGCGGCGUUACAACCUUGAUCGACAUGCCCCUGAACUCACUGCCACCUACAACGACUGUCGAGAACCUCAUGACAAAAGUGAGGGCUGCUGAGAGUCAAAUUUGGGUGGACGUCGGUUUUCACGGGGGGCUUAUCCCCAACAACACGAAGGAUCUGAAACCUCUCGUUGAUGCCGGUAGCGGUGUCGAUGAGUUCCCAGCCAUUGGCCCAAGUGACAUCGAAGCUGCUCUGCUAGCCCUUGCCGACUCUCCAACAACCGUCAUGUUCCAUGCGGAAAUGGUACCCCCUAACGUGACCCUUGUCGGCUCCGGGGCACCUUAUACUGGGCCUCUGACAAGCUACCAGACGUACCUCGACUCUCGACCCCCGACGCUGGAGACGUACGCAAUCAGCCAGAUCCUAUCCAAGGCUUACCUCGCCCCCAACGUGGACUUGCACAUCGUGCACCUCUCAGCCGCAGAGGGCAUACCGCUGCUGCGAGAAGCCCGGGACCAAGGAGUGCGUGUCACGGCAGAGACCUGCUUUCACUACCUAAGUCUGGCGGCCGAGGAGGUGCCCGAGGGCGACACGCGGUACAAGUCGGCGCCGCCGUCUCGCAGUCGCGCCAACCAAGCCCUGCUGUGGGAUGAGCUCUCGCACGAUGACGGCAAGGGAGUCAUAAAGACCGUCGUUUCAGACCACUCACCAUGCACGCCUGACCUGAAGUUGAUCCCAGAGUCUUUCCCUAUCGCUCCACACAGCCACGCUGGGCAGGACGGCGACUUCUUUGAGGCAUGGGGUGGCGUUAGCAGUCUAGGACUGGGGCUAUCUAUUCUGUGGACCGAGGCAGCGGCGCGCGGUGCCAGCAUCGAAGAUAUCGUGCGCUGGACGAGCACGAACACUGCUCGUCAGGUGGGCCUUGAGAAAGAGAAGGGCGAUAUUGACGUCGGAUUUGAUGGUGAUAUAGUUGUGUUCGACGAUGCAGCUGAAUUCGAGGUCAACAAGGAGACCAUGUUCUUCCGCAACGAGGUCUCCCCGUUCGAUGGCAAGAAGCUCAUUGGUGUGGUCGAGGAGACGUGGCUUCGCGGGCAAAAGAUCUUUGAUCACAAAUCAGGAUUCAAUGAGGCGGAGGGACCAACUGGCAAGACCAUUCUCGAGCCACGAAGGCAACAAGCUGCCAAAAUGAUUUGA